GACAAAGAUGAUAGUUUCGUCAUAGAGUAAACAAGAAACCAAACAUGCAAAAUGCUUGUGUUGUGGAACCCUUAUGGCUUGUUAUGGUAGAAAAUUUUUCAAAAUUUAAGAAACUUCAAAUUUUUUUAUUUUGCACAUGUGCCUCGAAAUAUAUUUGAACAAGAAAAUAAGUAUUAGUGACAGACGCUGAUUGCAGCUGCACGCGUCGUAAGUCGCCCAGCAAAAUUUUUGUAAAAGAUGACUUGAUGAAAUUAUUAGAAGGAGAAGGAAGAGUAUGGAGAACUCCUUUAUUAUUAUUUUCAAUGCACAUAAACUAUUUUGGAACUUCGGAAACUUUGAAUAAUACCACUAGCGUAUCAAUCAAGCCAUGGAAGCAAUUGAAAUUAUAAGUAAUAUAUUUGGAGAAGAUGUCGUGCUAUUACAUCAGCUGCUGUCAGUAUAUGACAUGCCUAAUAAAUCUCGUACUGCAGUUUACCUGAGAACAAUCAGUCAAUGGCUGGAAGAUGCUCUGAACAAUAUGAAAAUGGAUACUGAUGAAAACAUUCAUUUUUGUGACAAACGUGAAGGGAGACUAGGUCCCUCUCAUGUUUGUUUUGACAUAGCAUCUCACGUUGGACUCUUCGUGCUUGGAUCAGACAGACUUAGUGUAAAUUCCCAAGGAAAUUUUAGUACAAUACGUGCAAAUGUCUGUCUUUACAAAGGUAAAUGGCAAUACGAAGUACAGCUAGGAUCCAAAGGUGUUAUGCAGAUUGGCUGGGCCACAAAUAAUUGCAGAUUUACUCAGGAAACAGGUGUAGGUGAUACUCUCCACUCAUACGCUUAUGAUGGCAACCGGGUGCGAAAAUGGAAUGUUUCCACCUACAAAUAUGGUGAACCGUGGCUGAGUGGUGAUAUUAUUGGCUGCACAAUUGAUUUAGACAGAGGUGCUGUAGGGUUUCACAGGAAUGGCCACACAAUGGGAGAAGCCUUCUCUGAUGUUAAAUUAGGCCCUGGAAUGGUCUAUUUCCCUGCAGUAAGCUUAGCUUUCACUGAAAACCUGGUUGCAAAUUUUGGGUCUACACCAUUUCGUUAUCCAGUUGAAGGAUAUCAGCCAAUUCAGGAAGUUCCACAUCAUGACUUAGACAAAGCCAAUAUGCUAUUCAAAUGGCUGCUGCAGCUCCUUAUGGUUUUUGAACAAAGUUAUGAAAAUUCUACUCGGAACAUAGAGGAUGUGACAUCAAACCAGGCAUUACUAAUGGGAUUAGCUGGUGUUUUGAUAGACCCAUUGGCUCCAUUGCUGCUGUCAUCAUAUAUUUCAGAAGCAUGCUUGUUACCCUUUUUAGAGCUCUUGUGUGGUGUGCCUGCAGAUUAUAUGCAACCAGAAGGAAACACAAGGGAAAAGAAACAUAAAUUUUUAAUUUUCAUGGAUUUAUUGUGGGCAUUUCUUGAGGAGCAUGAAAUAAAGCAGUGUCUGGAAAGUAUAGCAUCAUGCUUACUUGCUUGCUAUCGCCAUGUUUCGUUUGAUCUCGAUUAUGCUAGUCAAAAGAGGAGCCUCGUAAUGCUUACCCAUUUGGUUAGCCACCCACGAACAAGGCACUAUCUGUUGGAAAAUGUGCUGUUUGAUAAAGUGAGAUUUGCAAAUUUUGUCCAUGUUAAACCAAUGGACGAAGGUGGCUUGGCUCAAGUUGUGACAAACCCGUGGUGGGAAACAGAUGUUGUUGAUGAAGAUGUUGAAAGAAACAAGGAAGAUUAUUUGCAAGCCUGUCAGAAAAUUAAGGAAGCUGCAGCAAGUGUAGAAGCUGUGCAAAUUAAUUUUCUUGGGAAACUUCUGGAUAAUGCAGAUGGAACUGAAACACAGCCGUCCUCAAGAAAGAUAUUCCUGAAGAAAUUUCGAGUCUUCUUGCAUGAAAAUCUCAUCUCCAGUCAAACACUUCCACUUCUGCAAACACCACUUCCAGUUUCUCUUUGUUGCUUCCAUCGGUUGCUAGUUACCUUCAGGAUACUUUGGAGCAAUGAAAUUGGUCAGGGAAAUGUUUACAUACCAUCAACAAUAUUUUAUGAUGGAAGUAUCAAUUAUUUCAGCAUUGAUCGCCUUGGAGGUGUUUUGUCUCACCUGAACAAAACACUGCGAGCGGAUCUGUCAAGAGUUCUUGGUGAAGAACACAGAGUUGUUGCCAGCAUACCUCUUGUUGCACCAGAACGUGCCGGAGGUACAGCAGUAGCUGGGAGAAGUUCUGUUCCAUUACAAUCACGAUUCUCAGAAGGAAAUUCACCCUUCAUGAUACCAGCCCUAGCACGACUCAUAACUCACCAGCAAACUGCUUCAGGGCCAGCACUUACAGACAGAAUGCCAGUGUUAUUUACAAGAGAGCAAGAGAGUCUUAAUGUUUCCAGGGGUAAUGGAAAUGCUAAUCCAAUGGAAUCAUUAAUUGAACUGCUGGAUGGAUUAGUCCUGUUUUAUCAUCUUGGAGCCCAUAAGCAAAUAGUGAAGGUUAGCACUCUGAGGGAGAAUAUGUCUGAGUAUGUAAUAGCUCUGAAUGACACUAACUUCAGGCUAGCGUCAUACAGCAGUCACCUGAAUGAAGCUGCGUCGUGCAGCACUGAAGAUGAAGUUGUCAGAGAAUUGUUAAAUUCUCGCCACGUGUUUGAAACCAAACUCAUGGAACAAGCUAGACACAUGGCAUGGGUGCGUGGGGCUGUCUACUCUCCAGAAAAGCAGGGUCAUCUUGUUUGGUUCCUCAGAAUAAUUUUACAAUCUCUCAAGAAAGCGUCAGGAGAAGGAAAUCUGUUUUCUUUUGUGCCUGAUUUUUAUCUCGAGACGGUCGUUGAGGUGUGUACUGCACUUAGAUCCUAUUUGCAUCCCACAGCACCUCUGGAACAAGUUGAAGGUAGUGAGGAGUUGCUGAAAGAUGUUGCAGAAUUUCUUUGCAAUCAUUUUGCUGACCCACGAAUAGUAAAUGCUGGUUCAAAAGACACAUUAAUACAAGCUCUGGCAAGCUUCGUUUCCCAUUCACACACGUUGCACUGUCUGGAGUUAGUACCAGAAAGCAGCCAAGUCAAAAUGGUGAAAUCACUGCUGAGACCGUAUGAAAAUCGUGCUUGGGCUCAGAGUAAUUGGGUAUUACUGAGACUGUGGCAUGGCCGUGGGUUUGCAUUUAGGUACCAGAAGUCCCCACAUCUGAUACGGAAGAUUGGUCCCAAAAUGUUGCCAUCAGACACUGGUCUCAUUAGUCAAACAAUGAAACCAUGCCCAUCCGAGGUGUUUCAGCGAUGUCUACGGAAUGUCAUGCUAUCGGAAGAACAAACUUCUGUAGCAUUCCUCAAUUCUCUCUUAAAUCAGCUGAACUGGGUAUUUUCAGAAUUCAUAGGCAUGCUUCAGGAGAUACAGAACCUUUCAAACCGUCCACAGAGAGUAUAUAUUGAAUCUAGGCAGUUGAGGAUAUGUGCAACACAUUUUGAUUUAGCUUUGUCACUUCUCAGGGUGCUUGAAAUGGUUGCAUCUGUAGCGAGAGAGAUAUUUAGUAAUCCAGAGAGCGAAUCUUCAGAAUCACUGUUAUCAAGGCUGUGUCAGCUGCUGUGCCAGGUAUUGAACAGAAUCAGCUCUCCAGCUGGUUGCUUCCAGCAUGUGGUCAUUCUGGAAAUACCUGACCUAGAGACUAUUGACCAUUUUCCCAUUUUGGCAGCAGUCAUUGGUAUAUUGUUGGCCCUUCUUGAAGCAGACAUGAUCAAUUUCAGUGAUAAAGGAGAAACUGUGCCCAAGGUGUCAAAAUGUUUGCUAUCAGAGCCAAGUUUUCAGAUGAGUUCCUUACAUUUUGUUCUUGGUAAUGCUGAGAAGAGCCGCCAGAAGUUGGAUCCUAAACCAUUUUCAUUCAGGAAUUAUCCCGAGGCUGUGACAGAAGAAGAAAUUAGUCAUGUAGUGUAUAUGAUACGAAUGUUGGAAAGUUACCAGCGAAGAAUUUCUGAAGUAAAAAUUGCUUCAGAGGAUGACUUGUGUACAAUAUGUUAUGCUUUUCCAAUAAGUGCUACUUUUAAACCAUGCAACCACCAGUCUUGCAGAUCAUGCAUUGCUCACCAUCUGAUGAAUGCCAAAGACUGCUUCUUUUGCAAAACCCCCAUACAAACUGUUAUUGGCCCUGAUGGCCAAAUUCUACAUGAUUGUACUACAGAAGUAGACUGAAUGUACAAGAUAAUUAAUACUUCUGUUGAUGUGACAUUUGUGUAAGACAUGGUUUUCAGUGUGCCAUCUUUCCAGUUCAUAAUACCGAUUGUAACAAAACUGCAAAACUGGUACCAUCUCAUUACAAUAACAAGACCAUAAAAAAUA